GAACCGUUGGGGAGCGCGAGCCGCUGACGAGCGCGCGGCUCUGCCCAAUAGGAGCGCCGCGUGGAUGGUGAUCAAGGGAGUGUUGAAGUGUGCUUAAAGGGGACUGUGAAGAUUAUGACUGGAUCUUGCAGCAGAGGAAAAAAAAAAAAAUAAGAUACAAAAAUGAACGAAGUACAUUGAAAGUUGGAAAAAAUGAAACAACUAAAAAGAAAAAGAAAAAGCAAUUUUAGUGUUCAAGAAACUCAAACACUACUUAAAGAAAUCCGAAAAAGGAGGGAAGUGCUUUUUUCCAAACAACUAAAUACAACAAUUAAUGAGAUGAAGCGGAAGGCUUGGGAGGAAAUAGCGGAGUGUGUGAAUGCUGUAGGUGAAGGAGAGCAAAGGACAGGGACAGAAGUCAAAAGACGAUAUCUUGAUUGGAGGGCCCUUAUGAAACGAAAACGACUGAAUACCAACAUAAAGUUGGUGGGUGCUGGAUUUCACCUUCCUUCCUCUGAUUUGGAUGACUCACUCAAUGAAGAUAUUGAUGAGAAAAUGGGAUUUCCAAAUGAAUCUAGUUUUGAAUGGCAGAAUAUCACAGACUUCAGAGAAGCAGGUGGAUCAUUAACUGAAGUCAAAGUGGAAGAAGAGGAGGAGGAUCCACAGAGUUUUGAAUUUCCUAUUGAGGAAGAAGAAGAAAUUCUGUCCUCAGUGUUGCCAGAUUCCAAAAAGGAAAGUGACCUUCCUGAUUUCACCCACAUUGAAGAAUUUGGUAAUCUCAGCUCUGCUCAAGCUAGGCUGGCCUAUGAAGAUUCCCAUUUGCUGAUCAGCUUGGAGAAACAGAAGCUAGAGCUGGAGAAACAGCGACUGGAUAUUGAAGCGGAACGACUGCAAGUCGAAAAGGAACGUCUGCAAAUCGAAAAAGAGAGGUUGCGACACAUUGAUCUGGAGCAUGAGAGGCUUCAGCUGGAAAAGGAGCGAUUACAAAUUGAGCGUGAGAAACUAAGGCUUGAGGCUCAGCAUGCUGAAAAACCUGCCCUGGAGAAUGAUCCCAGCCAAUCAGAAAAACCUGUUUUGCAGCCUUUGGAUCUAGAAACGGAAAAACUGAAAAUCGAAAAGGAGCGUUUGCAGCUUGAGAAGGAGAGGCUGCAGUUCCUGAAGUUUGAAUCCGAGAAGUUGCAAAUUGAAAAAGAACGGUUGCAAGUGGAGAAAGAGCGCCUUCGAAUUCAGCGGGAAGGGCACUUGCAAUGAAUUUGGGGAAAACACAAUUAACAAUGCUGUGCUUUGCUGUUUGUACUUUUUUUUAAGGGUGACUUGAUUUCAGUAAAAGUGUUGAAUAGUCUGGUCUUCAAAGCAUUUCACCAUUCAUGAAAAUCCUGCUUUACAUUGCUUUGAUACUUACAUCUUGACAAUACUUCUUUUGGGUUUUUCGGCCACAGUUGAACAUGUGUGUGUUCAAGUUUUAAAAGAAGUUAAGAAAUGGUGCUCAGUAAGUCAGUGUGCCAGUAAAAUGGAGCUUAUGUGUGAAAUUGCAUUGCAGUAUAAGAGAAGAAGUGUUAAUGUCCUCUUGCAUUCUCUGUUGUAUAGCUUUAUGUCCACAUUAAGGAUCAAAGCUUAGCUGUAUCUUGUCGUUUUAAGAGUGUUAUUCUAAAUCUAUAGGAGCCUUCAACAUAAAUUUGCAUUUGAUCUGAUGGAAUGAGAUUAAUGCUAGGCCUUAUGCAUUACAUAGUGUUAACCCUGAAAAGUAAUGCCUUUUAAUAUGAGGUGUGUUUUUCUCAGGAGGAAUUUCAAAAGGUUAGACUUUGAGGCUCUCACUAGUUUUCCUAUUCAAUAUGUUCGU